UAGAGCGAAGGGGGAAGAUGGCGGCUGUCAUGCUGAGAGAUUUAGGUUCGUCUUGGCUGAGGAGUCUGAGCAGCCGCGGGGCGUGUUGUUCGGGGUUGCUCUCAUCGCAAAAUGUUUUGCCCUUGUCAUCUCUCCACACAAGUGCUUCCCUUGACAUCUCAAGGAAGUGGGAGAAGAAGAAUAAAAUAGUUUAUCCUCCUCAGCUGCCAGGAGAACCUCGGAGACCUGCAGAAAUAUACCAUUGUCGAAGACAAAUCAAAUACAGCAAAGACAAGAUGUGGUACUUAGCAAAAUUGAUAAGAGGAAUGUCCAUUGACCAGGCCCUGGCGCAAAUGGAAUUCAGUGACAAGAAGGGGGCAAAAAUAAUCAAAGAGGUUCUCUUAGAAGCACAAGACAUGGCAGUGAGAGACCACAAUGUAGAGUACAGAUCCAAUUUGUACAUAGCUGAAUCCACCUCUGGACGAGGCCAGUGCUUGAAACGCAUCCGCUACCAUGGCCGAGGUUUCCAUGGCAUUAUGGAGAAGGUUUAUUGUCAUUACUUUGUGAAGCUGGUGGAAGGACCCCCUCCUCCUCCUGAGCAGCCAAAGACGAGCUAUGUCCAUGCCAAGGAAUAUGUUCAGGAGCUUCGGAAUAGGACCAUCAUUCAUUCACUGUGAUGAAUUCAAACCCCACUGUGUAUAUUUUCCUCCUUUUUCUCAAAAACAUAAAUAAAAAAACAGAGACAAAUGUU